AUGGGUGAUAAAAGGUUGAAGUUUACAGUAGAUAAGGAAAGCGCAACUUGAGCCCUUCAUCUACAACCUGAUCUCAACCGUUGAGAAUUGACUGAAAACUUCCUCUUUUUCUGUCUUUCGUCUUUUGCGUUGUUUUUCUCUUCUCAGCCCUGAGUCUCUGACUCUCACUCCUUCCUCUAUCUCUCCUCUUCAACUCCCUCCUAAUCCUUCACUGAGAUGAUCUUAAUUUUUAUUGCUUUUUGUUAAUUAUAUUUAGUGUCUUGCUUGCUAAACUUAACUGUUCAUGACACUGGUAUUGAUACUGUACUAAAAGUGGAGUCUUCUAAAUAGUUGGGUACUUGGGUUCACUUUUUAAAGGUAAUGACGAGAUAGUAUACUGCAUAAAUGUUGGGUGACAGGAUAGGACUGGAUGUUGUUGAUGUAACUCCUGCUGUUAUCUUGCAUUAUACAUCUUUCCAGCGAGGAUUAAAUGUUGGUUAUUUCUUUGCACCAGGUUGCUUUGAAAUCUUGGUCACUGCAAUUGUAAAGGCUCUUUGAAAUUCUUUGCGCAUUUGUAAAUUAUUUCAUGUUAAUGAAUUAGUGUCCCUUUUUGUGUUGGAAUUCUGUGGAUGCAUACAUCAAGCUAGGAAAUUCUCUUCUUUAUCAACUGACUAACUGAGUAUUGCUAAUCUUGGUCUUUGUAUGUUAACUUAAAUUUCAAAUUGGGCACCUACUAUGCUUUCUUUUGAAAAAAUAGUUUAUUGAAGUGAACGAUUAAUGGGUUUUGGUUGAAGAAUGUCUUUUGUGUGAGGUAUACACCUGCAUCAUACUUGUAUUCUAUUGUGACUCACGCCUUAAGUCUUAUGAACGUAGUUAGGAAGACGGAUGAAAGCAUGAAAAUGAUCUCAAUGAUGUGGUUUAGUAAUGAUAAGAAAAGACGCCAAUAGAGAUAUACAAAAUGUGUCUUCCCUAAAAAAAUGUGCGUUCAGCUUAUUGACACCAAUAUGCCUCCACAAAUGAGGUUCAUGUCCUUUAUAAUAAGAUCAAGAAUCUAAUCAGUCUAUCUUUCUGUUUUAUAUCUUCUGUUAGCAUUAAAUGGGUAGUUGAAGGCCUAGAUCAGUGUUAUAUAAGUUGCGGCAUUAGAAUGGAUAUGGGAACGUAAUUGCUACCUGAUCUUGUUGAAGUCCACAAGUACAUCACUUUCAUGUGUCAAUCUGCCUUUUUUAUUUUAGUUAGUGGGAGCCUGGGAGGUUUUGUGAGUUGGGAAAUGUUGGCCUACAUACACUCUCAAAGAAGGAUGACUUUUGUUAGCUUUUCAUUGCAAUGGAAGAAGAUAAAAAGAAGUUUUCAUCUUCAUCUCCAUCUUUAUCAGUGAUAAAUCCCCCUCAUUGUCUCUCUCCUCUCUUCUUCAGUUUCUACCAGGCCCUCCGUCCUACUCUCCCCUCCAUUCUCACUUUCUCACCAUUUUUUCUCUCUUCUUUUUCUGUUUUAGCCUUUGGUUCAAGAAGCAAUUCAAGUGCCCACUCAGCCAUCGCCGGCCACUCAGUCUCACUUGCCAGCCUCCGGGUUCCAAACAAACCAAACCCACAUUCCGCUCCAAUCUCUCUGUCUUCAGUUGUUUACAGCAUGGUGGGACUGUCAAUAGGAGAACAAAACUUCAUACAAGGUGGUAUUGCUCAAGAUCUUCGCUGUGAUGGUCGGAAACGUUUAUGCUACCGACCAAUUCAUGUUGAUACUGGGGUUAUUCCACAGGCAAAUGGCUCAGCAAGAGUGAGGAUUGGGGGAACAGAUGUUAUUGCGAGUGUCAAGGCUGAACUAGGUAGACCCAAUUCGUCUCAACCUGAUAAAGGAAAGGUCUCUAUACAUAUUGAUUGCAGUGCAACAGCUGCACCUAUCUUUCAGGGCAAAGGGGGUGAAGCAUUAUCAACAGAACUCGCAGCUGAUCUUCAACGCUGUCUCCUAGGCGGUAAAAGUGGAGCAGGAGCGGGAAUCGAUCUUUCAUCUCUCUCUAUUGUGGAAGGGAAGGUCUGUUGGGAUCUUUAUAUUGACGGCCUUGUGGUUAGUUGUGAUGGGAAUUUGCUGGAUGUCUUAGGUGCAGCAAUCAAGGCUGCUCUGAGUAAUACUGGCAUUCCAAAAGUUAAUGUCAUCGCUGCUGAUGCGACAUCUGCUGGUGAUCAGCCUGAAGUUGAUGUUAGUGAUGAAGAAUUUCUACAAUUUGACACUGCUGCUGUCCCUGUCAUUGUUACGUUAACCAAGGUGGGAAAACACUACAUAGUUGAUGCAACUGAGGAGGAGGAAUCUCAAAUGAGUUCCGCGAUGUCUAUCUCUGUCAACAGGAAAGGCCUUAUAUGUGGUCUCAGCAAGCGUGGGGGUGCAGGUGUAGAUCCGAGCAUAGUCCUCGAUAUGAUCUCAGUCGCAAAACAUGUGACCGAGAAUUUUAUAAACAAUUUAGACUCUGAGAUUGCUGCUGCAGAAGCUCGUGAAGAAGAAUCUUGAAAAUCAUUUAGCAUGUCUUACGCUGAAGCUUAAUUUGUUUCCAAAAUUACUGGCUUUGACAUAGGGUAUUAUAAUCUAGGGUGUUCAGUCAAUUAACUGUCAUAACAGUUAUAGGAAUUCACUAAUCUUUAACGUAACCGUUAAGAACCGGUUGUUCAUUAGCGGUUAAGUUGUUUUUAACCCGGUUGAGUUGUAUUGACUUUGUAUUUUUUUAUUUUUUUUUGAAGAAUAUACACUUAUCAGACCCAGAUAUUGGAUGUAAUCCUCAAAAACUAAGAAACUCCACAUAUUUUGACCAAUCUAUACAAAUAUAUCAAAAGGUGUGUGUGAUAAUGUAUA